CUGUUGCUGCAGCCCAAACGGCAGCAGGAAGAGAGACAGAAUGGCGUGCUGUAGGCUGCUGCUGGCUGCUUGCCUCCUUUUCCUGCCCUGUGCUGCUGCGGACUGCCUGUCCCGCUGUUCUUCAUGUGCUGUGAACACCCAGAGCAGUCCAAAACCCAUCAACUUUCUGGUUUGCUCCCUGGAAUGCGAGGCUUCUCUGCGGCCUGCGACGGAGUGGGAAAGAUGCCAAGGCCUCCUGCCUCAGCUCGCCUUUUUGCCACUUGAUCUCAACGGCAAGGAAGACUCGGAGAGCCAAGCAGAGCCCCGUGGUGAGCUGGCCCAGGACGCCAGACCUUUCCUGCAGGGGUUGGAGAAGAUCCGAAUCCUCCUCAGCAGCCCCAAGGAGGAGACAGCCCUGGACAGGGAGGGUGGAGCUGAGACGGAGCUGAUGAGGUACAUCCAGCCACAGGAUGAGUUCCUGGGGGCCAAGGUGGCAGAGGUCUCUGAGGAAGACCCUAAGGAGCAGAGCAAACGCUAUGGGGGCUUCUUACGCAAAUACCCCAAGAGGAGCUCGGAGGUGGCGGGGGAGGCUGACGGUGAUAAGGAAGGCCAUGAGGACCUGUACAAACGCUAUGGGGGUUUCUUGAGGCGUAUCCGUCCCAAACUCAAGUGGGACAACCAGAAGCGCUAUGGAGGCUUCCUCAGACGCCAGUUCAAGGUGGUGACACGGUCAGAGGAAGACCCCCAUGCUUACUCUGGGGAGCGUUUUGAUGCCUAAGUACACCCCACCCCUCCCGAGUCAGGCGCUCCCCGGUUUGUUUUCCCAAUGUGCUCUGUUCCCAUGCUCAGGUGGGCACCAUUUGCAAACUUCUAAGCUCAACCUGCCCGUCUUCUGCUUGAGGUGUGGCGAUUGGCCAAGAUCUGUGGAGGGACUUCUAGAACUUUCCAAAUCCCUUCACUUCCCCCAACCUUCCCAACUCCCUUCAGAGGAAUCUCCAAUUCCUGGCUGUUUCUUUUUCUAGAUCUCUGAGCUCCAAACUUUGCCCUUCACACUCCCCUUUCACAAGAGCAAUUUCCCACUCAUACACACAUGUUCUUUCAUGAGACUGCCCCAUAGAUAACAAUGUAAGCCAACAUAGAUACACAGGAAUUCAAACAGCUUGUUCUCAUCCUUCCAAGGGCCUGGUAGCACAUAACCACUUUGGAAACCAGGCUUUAGUUAAAAAGCUAAAAUGCUGCCUUUUGUUGGCGCGUAAGUUCCUACCUUGGAGAAUUUAGUUGGAUCUCUGGCCGAUCUGUGCUCUCUGAGCUCUCAUUUCUCUCACAAAGAAAUGCACUUUGUGGAAGGACCCUGGAUUCCAGUUCAUGCUGGUACCCUGAUAGUUCCCAGCUCCUCAUGGAGAGGGAGUGAAAAAUCCUUUUCCUGGGGGGAUUAGAGAGCAUUCUCCUGGAUGCUGUUCUCCUUCUGUUCCUUCUGUUCCUUCUGAGAGCAGUUCUCCUUUUGAAUGCUGAAAUGAUCAAGGAGGGAGCUAGGCAGAGCAAUUUGUACUGCGCACCGAACUCAAAAUGUGGAUCAGUUCCCUGAGCUCUCAUUAAACUAAUUAAACUGAUCGGUAUCACACUCCUACCCCAGGAUGAACUGAAGCUGAGUCAAGUUGAUGAGAUUAAACACGACCAAGUUCUUGAGCAGCUGAAUUGGCCGCCAAGAGUCCAAACCAUCUGUUCCAACAUAUGCGUUGGGCGCUGGGCAAGG